AUUGCUUCGUUUCUCUAUCGGAGACAAUUUAAUGUAGUUGUUUUGCUUCACAAGUGGUAAAUUCACGUUUACGUAGCAUCAUUCCUCUAUCAGAGACAAUUCGACAUAGUUUUUUUGCUUUACAAGUGCUCAUUCACGGUUUCCUCAGGAAAAAUUAAAACUUCACUAAAGUGUAGAGAUACAACAGCAAAAAAUAUAUUAAAAAUUUACAACAGUUAAUACAUUAAAAAGAAACACAGCAAAAAGCGAAUCGACUCAUGAUGAACGACACAUCUGUUUUCGUUCAACAUUCACCAAACUUUCAAUUUCUAUCUGUUUGUCACUAUAUUACCACUCUCGGCGUUAUCUUUUACAACAAAGGCCUAAUUAGAUUGAAUGAGCGAAAUCAGACUGUCCCUGUACUCAAUACUUAUUUCAAAUUCCUUAAUAAUUCCAACAAUGUAAUCGAAACAAAACUCCAGCUUCUACAAACAAUAUUAAAAGGAACCGAUCUUUACGGUGGUGACGAAAAUGAAACACUCGAUACAAAAUACGUAGAUGAAACAUAUCAGUACAUCAUCAACAAUGCUCUAUUUUCACACUAUGGUAAUAUCAACGAUUAUUUAGCAAAAAUAAUCAACAAGGCAGAUAAUACAUCUUAUUUCACGUUGAUGAAAACUAUAAAGCAGGAAUUCUUUAACAAUUACACAAGUAUAGAUUACUGUUCAAAAACUAACAAAAGCCCGAAACUUAAUUUUUUGUCAGCUAAAACAAUUUUUUUGGAAUAUAUUCUGCCAAUAUUUCCCGAGCCAGAAAAUAAAGAUAUGAACAUAAUGGAAGUGGAUUAUUUAUACGCAAUGGCUGGUUUAAAAAUUGUCAAAUCGAUACUUGGAGAAACUCUAAACGCUUCGUUUGGUGAUUUAAUUUCAAUUACACGAGAGAUUGAUUUACAAAAGGCUUACGGUAACGAAACUUAUGAAAUAAUGUUAAAUGUUUUCUCAACACCGGCACUAUUUUUUUAUGCCUCUAAGGAAAAAGAAACAUUCAGAGAAAAAUAUCAAAUUUCAUCAAAUAUAGAAUUUUGGACUGAAGCUUAUAAGAUUUUAUUUUCAUAUAUUAAUACAAGAAUGAAUAAUUUUGUACAUCAAUUUUUUGACAAUAUUCUUCUAUACAAACUUGAGAAGGAAAUGAAAGAAUUAAAAAAUCGAAGAUUAUUGGCAAAAACUAUACUAGAGAAACAUUGUCCCAUUCCUUAUUUUAAAAAACAUGAAAAUGAAUAUGUGACAAACUAUAUGUCAUAUUAUCAUUUUUUUAUAAAAAUAAGUGUUCUUUCUGGUUGUUCCGUAAUAAAUCUACCCGAAUUGCAAGUUGUCUAUGAAAAUCAGUUUAAUAAUAUACGAAAGACAUAUAAUGAAAUUCAAAAAAUCAGAAUUAAAAAAUUUAUAGUAGAAAACAAUUUUGAAGAAAAACUGAAAUCAAAUGUUACUGUGAAGGUAGCAAGAGUACUUUACGAUAUUUCCUUCGUUUCUGUAUUCAUUCAUAUCAUCCUUCCUUCAAUCACCCAUAAAGUAAAAAAACAACAGAUAAACAAUGACAUUUACGUAUUAUUUUCAAUACAGAAGGAAAACAAUAAGCCAGAAUUUUACGCAAUUAAAGAGGAAAAUAAAAAUUUAACUUUACUUACAAAUAGUAGGAACGAGCAAAAUUUUUCUAAAGCUGUUACUAAUUUACUCUCUUUCCCAAUAGAGGAUGGUGAAUAUUAUACUAUUCUUGAAAAAUCUAAUGCAAAUAGCGAAGCAUUUGCUGAGCGAAUUGCAGAAAUAAAGACAACACAAUUUGUAAAUCAGCUAAUGGAAGACUAUAAAAAUGAAACUACAAAAGAGAAGGUUUUUACUUUUGUUAAAGUACUUGUACCAUUUUACAAUUGUAUUGAAAACAUAAUAGCAAAAAACAUAAAAGAUGCAGUUACGAGUUGUUCUCUAGAUGUUCUCAGCCUGAUCCCUGUAGCGGGUCUUGCUGCAAACUAUGCAACAAAAAUAACCACCAGCUUAGCAACUAGAUUAGGCGAAAAAUAUGUAAUCAGUACAACCCUAUCAAGUGCCACUAAAUUUAAUUCAUUAUUCCAAAUUUCAGAAUUAAUUACUAAAACCGUUGCGCAGGAAAUUUUAACCAAGUCUCUGUUAAAAGAUUUAUCUAUUACCAUCCUACGAGUUAUAGAUCCUGGAUUUGAAUUAAUCAACAGCUUAGGAAAGUUUGGCUACCAAAAAUUGCACAAGAUUUAUAACACUAUGAUUCAAAAAAUUCCAAAGAUCAAUACAAAUCUAAAAUUGUUAUUAACAACUGUGUUAAAAAAGUUUAAUACGAAUAUGAAACUGUCAACAUUUAAUGGUCUGAUACCAAAGGUUCUGAGAGAAGAGAAUAAUUAUAAACUCGUUCAAUACUAUUAUCCGAACGGUGAAAAUUUCUUUGGACCCACAUGCAUGUCAUCAUUUGGAAAUACUGCAGAACUAAGAACCAUUGAAGGAAGUUCACUUCAAGAUCCCGUGUUGCCAGUAAAAGAUAACAUGAACAAAAUCUCCUAUCGUAAAUAUAAUCCAGUAACUAAUGAAAUUUCUUAUAUAAAACUGGAAAUAGGAGAAGAUGAUCUACUCCGCAGUAAUCUACCUGAUCUUGAAGAUACGAAAAUAAUGCCAUAUAAAGUUAAUCCGGAAACACAACAAGUAAAAGGGGGUUUGCCGACUAAUGAUAUUCCUUCAACAUCAAAAGGAUUCGACCAACUUCUUUCUCCGGAUACUUUGCCAAAUGUUGAUAUUUCUGGAAUGGACAGAAAAGAGCUUCUUCGGAGACUUAUGCCUUAUCUAAAUCUAGAUGGAGAUACGAAAAUAAUAAAAGAUUAUCAAGUUUAUCAUAAUACGAUUGAAUGGAAUAAGAUACCAAACAACCCAGGUACGUCACGAGAAAUUGUGCCAAGUGGAAAUACUCUUGAUACUUCAAGGCUAGCUACAGAAUUAGUUCUUAGUAACCCUCUAUCUAGAGUUAUGUAUGGUGAACAAAAAUAUCGUGAAAUGUUAUUAUCUUUAGAAGAUUUAAAACCUGAAAAUUGGGUUGAUUUACACAAAAAUAAAGACAAAUUAAUAACAUUACAAAAAAAUUUAGAGAGAAUACGUUGGAAUCAAGACAUAGAAAAGUGCGAAAUGCCAAAAGAACUGUGGUUUAAACAAACAUUAGACAAACCACAAAUUGUUGAUAAUUUGAAGGCAAUGAAAGGAGAUUUUUAUUUUAAUGAUAUUACCCUAUUGACAGAUAUUCGUCCAAGUGAAAUUAAUAUUGUUAAUAAAAAAUCAAAUUCCAUAACAGAAGUUCGUUAUCACAUGACAAUUGAUUCUCAAUAUGGAAUUGUUGAUUUAGCAGCAUUUGAUAAGAGUUGGAAAAACCAAUUUGUUGUUUAUCCAGAACUCACAUUUUCGGUAGUAAAUGCUGAAUUCAAAAAUGGAAGGGAUUUCUUACUUUUAGAACUAAAACAAAAGCCAAUAUUGAAAUUGGAUUGGCAGAUAUAUAAAAUAAAGUAUAAUUAUUUACUUCACACUAAAGAAAUAUCUACAUUUACAAGAAGUGUAGAUAUCGAGAAUGCUGCCAGCCUUAUCUCAUUAAAUACUCCUCAGCAUAGAUUAACUGAAAUGGAAGAAAUGUUAAAAGGUUAUAUUUUAAGAAUCGAUCCAAUUGAGACUCGUGUUCCUACUUAUGAAAUGUUGGCGAAGGAAAUAAAUACAGUUAUUACACCUUCUGAAAUAUUUAAUGAAUGGAAAAUAAAGAAUCAUAUUUUUAUUGACGAUGUACUAUUUAAAAAGUCUUUAUAUCAAAUUGAAAAUUUGGAAGAUGCGAAAAAAACUAUAAACUAUAUUUUUGAUGGGAUUCAUUUACAGAAUAUUGAAACUGUGUUUGAAAGUUAUAAGUUAUUUCCAAUUCGGCAAAAUAUGCGAUUUGAGGAUUAUUAUGUAUUGUAUUCACAUUUUGCAAAUACUUUACCACCAACUGCACCUGCACAAAGAAAAUUUUUAGCUUCACUAUACAGAUUAGCCCUUAGACAGUGUGAUGAUAAAUUUACUACAAUUCCAAAAACACUUUAUCGUGCUGUAGAAUUAAGUAGAGAAGAAUUGUCACAACUACUAUUUUCUGAAUAUUAUCUUCGUCGUUUUAAAAUGAAUCAUAAGGCUUUUUAUUCAAAUGCACAAAAUGCUGUAAAAAAUACUCCUAGAACUAGUGAUUUAAAGAUAGUAGUAUUGUAUAAAUUGGAAAUUCAGAAUCCAUCUGGAAUAGUGCACAUUGAUCCUUAUUAUUUCAAAUUUAUUUUUAUUGUUGUCGAGAUAUCGAUAUAUUUCGUUUUAAGGAUUUAAUUUUUCAAACGUGUUUUAUUUUUACUGCUUUAAAAUUUUUCAAACUUAUUAAAUGUAUGUGAAUGUCUAUAUGUAAAAAAAUAUUUAAAAAAUUUGCAACUACCAAUUUUUCUAAAAUUUAACGUUUGACUUCAUCAAGAAAAAAAUUU